AUGGCCGCCGCAUGUCGCAUUUACAUUUCGCAGAUGAUCCUCAUGGCUGGGAACUCCGCUGAUCUCCAGGCUACGCUCCAAGACCCGAACGAGGCUUCACUAGCUAUCGGCUUUGAGAUGAACAAGUAUAAAACCAAGAUCAUGUCCAACCUUUCCCGAGACAAGGAGAUCGCAAGAAGGAUUCAGUUGGGAAGAGCCGCCUUCGGAAAACUGGAGGACUUCUUUAAAUCUAAAAUCUCUCAAAGCCCGAAAACUAAAGUUUAUAACCAAUGCGUCCUGCCCAUACUUACUUACGGCGCCGAGGUGGCCACAAAGGAAUACAUGCAUAAAAUCAAAGUAGCACAAAGGACAAUGAAGCGCACCAUGCUCGGCAUUUCCCUCGUCGACCGUAUAUCCGACGUAGAUAUAAGACAGCGAACAAGGGUCAUAGACGUCGGUAUGCGAAUCGCGAGCCUAAAAUGGAGAUGGGCAGGACAUGUUGCUAAGCAGGACGACGACCGAUGGAUCAAAGCAGUCACUGAGUUGUACCCAGUAGGAGCGAGAUGUCCUUGA